GAUGGCGGCGGCGCCGGGCGCCUUCAGCCUUCGGGAGGUGCUGGCCGCCUUCCAGGCGUGCGUGACGGAGCAGCGCGAGGUGCUGCUGGGCCCGUACCUCCAAGGCUGGCGGGGACUCGUGCGCUUCCUGAAUGGCUUGGGCGCCAUCUUCUCCUUCAUCUCCAAGGACGCGGUGACCAAAAUUCAGAUCAUGGAGAGCUACUGCGGCGGGGAGCAGCGGGAGGAGUACCGCACUCUGCAGUCCAUGGUGAGCUACGAGCUGAGCAGAGGGCUGGUCGACCUGCAACGGCGAUCGUCCCACCCUGACUCAGGUUGCAGGACCAUUCUGCGGCUGCACCGCGCCCUGCGUUGGCUGCAGCUGUUCCUCGAGGGGCUGCGCACUGCCCGGCAGGAUGCCAGCACAUCAGCCAUCUGCACGGACAGUUACAACGCCUCGCUAGCUGCCUAUCACCCCUGGGUCGUCCGCAAGGCUGCCGUCGUGGCAUUCUGUGCGCUGCCGUCACGCGACGCCUUCCUGGAGGUGAUGAACGUGGGAGGCCCCGAGGAGGCUGUGGAGAUGCUGGGCGAUGCUCUGCCCCACAUCCGUGAUGUGUACGGCAUCACGCAGGAGCUGUAUGAGCAGCACCGCCUGCUGAACCUGCCCUGAGCACAUCCCCAUCCCCUUUUUGUACCCACACAGAGCUGAUGGUGCUCAGCUGUGGUCUGAUGACAAAAAGGAAAUGCACUAAAAUACAUACAGUUAUAUAUAUAUAUCAUCACCUCAGCUCUACAGGGAGGAAAAGUGUCCACAAGCACAGUCAAGGGAAUGCUUCUCUCCCCCAGGCUCCAGUGCGAGGCUUUGGGGUCUUGCUAAGCCAAACUGCACCUUCAGCACUUGUACCACGGAAUGGUGACAGCACCAAAGGCUGUAGGUAACUCCCUUACACCGGAUAUCUCAACACCUGCACCUUAAGCUCACUUGGCCACUUUGUUUACAAGCUGUUCCCUUGGAGCUGCUGCUUUCCCCCCCACACUCUGCUUUAGCACUCAAAAUAGAAUUCUGGUAACAUGUCUGAAAAGAACCUGCUUUAGCACUCAGAAUAGAAUCCUCCUGUCUGAAAAGAACUGCCUUCCCUUGUGGUCACCAACAGACUGUUCCUUUCCAUAUGGAUCCAUCCUGCAGGGCUUUGCUCAUUGUUUCUUCUGUCCUUUGUGUGUCUUGGGGCGUGGACCAGUUCUUCCCGUGUCCUACAUAGCACUACAUACCCAGCUAAGGCAGCUGACUGUAUUUUUUCUCUUAGCCUUGCUUCUAAAUGGUCAUUUGUUAUUUAUUUUUAAUGAAUGUGUCAAAUGCCUACAAAAGUAACUUCUCUAACUACAAUCACUGCAUAUAAUAGCCAGUAUCUAUAUAUGAAGUAUGUAAAAUUGAGUUUACUUAGCUUCUUCAGAGCUGAAAAAGCACAACUCUUUUACUUCAGGAAGACAUGAGUGGCUGGGGGAGAAUCCCACAGACCAUCAGGUUUUGGUUUCCUCUCAACUAAGAGCCACUUUGGCUUGAAGUAACACUGCAUGAUUCAGGAAAUCACUAUUACCUCACUGGGGUCAGCUGGGCACUACAUUACAUGAUUAACAAGCUGCUAGAGAGUAUCCCUUACAGGAAUGCUUUCCUUUCUUGCCCUGUUGGAAGAAAGAUGAGUUACAGUGUUAUCUGUUCAUCUCUGUCUUUCACCAGCAGUCUCUCAUUCACUGAUCAGGUGUGAAACCAACAUCAGAAGUAACCCAGAUGGAGUACUGAGAAUUUGCCUGUCCAUCCUAAAUGGGGGAAUGGCUGCUAUGCUGUAAAGACAAAUACUCUCUUUCUGCCAAAGCCACUUCAAAAAUAACACAGUUCAAUAGAAUAAAUCCAUAGAUUAAAAUGGAGCAGUUCCACCACAUACAAAAUACUUCCUGCUGCACUCUGUGAUUACAGAUGGUGCUGGUAUUUCAGCUAGUAAAGUGUAUUAAAUGCCUUAAAUUAUAUCACAUAAUCUGUGUCAAAUGAAGGUAUAUUUGAUGUCUUGUAGAUUUAAUGCAGGAAUGGCAUUGUCACAUUUAGUCUCAGCCGUUCCUUGUAGGAGGCAAGCAUUACUGUUGAAAAUGAAGUUCUGCAAUUAAAGAAUCAAAGUUUCUCUGCAGGGAAAA